AUGGGACAGAUGAAGAACAAGAAGAACGGAAAACGAUCCGAGGAACCAGGACAGCAAUCUGAACAGAGCAAUGAAGCAAAGGAGAAAGUGAACAAAAUGAAUCCAAAGGGAGAAAUUGUCUUAGGAGUGUUCAUUCAUUGUGAAGGUUGCGCCAAUGAAGUCGUGAACUGCUUGCGAGGUUUUGACGGUGUUGAAGUAAUCGAAAUCGAUGCCAAGAACCACAAAGUAACAGUGAAGGGUAAGAAGGCCGAUCCGAUAAAGGUGACGGAGAGGCUUCGCAAGAAGAGCGGCAAACACGUCGAGCUUAUUUCUCCAAUUCCACCCAAGGACAAGGAAGAAAAAAAAGAUGAGAAAAAAAAGUAUUGUAUAUAUAUAUAUAUAUAUAUGAAGAUCUUUGUUUAUGAUUCUCUAACUUGUGAUGCAGGGUGUGCCAAGGAUGUGAAGUAUUGCAUCCACAAAAUGGAAGGGGUGCAAACUGUGGAUCCAGACAUGAAGACUUCGCUGGUGAAGGUGAAGGGAGUGUUUGAACCAGAGAAACUUGUGGAAUUUGUCCAGAAACGAGCAGGUAGACAUGCGGAGAUUGUGAAACCAGAUAAGAAAAAUGGGAAUGUUAAGAAGGAAGAGAGGAACACAAGCGUCAAAGAGGAGUGGUUAUACCCAAAUUAUCAUCGUGAACUUUUGUAUGCCCCUCAACUCUUCAGCGAUGAGAAUCCUAAUUCGUGUGUCCUAAUGUAA